GGAACAUCCGGGGUGCACGCCCAAUUGUUGGCAAUGGGAGAACCCAACAUUUUUUCUAAGGGCUUCUACACUGUUAUCCUCCUGCUUGUGCUGGAUUACUCUAUCAAAUGCACAACUUCAACAUCUUCAAGUCUUUUGUACCCAUAUGGGAAUUCGUCAUAUGAUACCACUGCUCCAAAAUUGGAUGAUGGAGUAAAUGGCCCAAUAACACUUUCUACCAAGCUAACUCUCUUUGGAAAUGCAUCUACCAUUAUCUAUGUCGAUAACAAUGGCCUACUAUCAUUUAAUACAUCCAUCACAGCGUUCACACCCAAAAAACUCCCAGUAUUUAAUGGCAGCAACCCCUUUGUGGCUCCGUUCUGGGCAGAUGUGGACAACGCCAUAGCCGGCGACAUAUAUUAUCGACAGAGCACUGACAUCGACCUCCUAAGCCGCGCAACGAGUGAUAUCCGUUCUUACUUCAGUCUUCCCACGUUUUCAGCGACGUGGGCAUUUGUGGCCACAUGGAGUAACGUGACAUAUUUUGGAUCUACGGCCUUAUCUAGCACGGUUAACACAUUUCAGGCUGUUCUCAUCACAAAUGCAAGCCUCACUUUUACGAUGUUCAACUAUGACAGUAUUCUUUGGACGACAGGGACAUCCAGUGGAGGCAACAGUAAAGGAACUGGAGGAAUCCCAGCCCUGGCUGGGGUCAACAGUGGCUAUAAAGUCGGAUACUAUCAAAUAGCCAGUUCCCUGACUACUGAGAUCAUCAACAUAUCAUCUACAAGUAAUGUCAAUGUCCCCGGCCGAUGGGUCUUCAAGGUGGACAAACUGUAUCCCGAGGAUCCCAGCGGGAUUAUAGGUAAAAAAUAAAACAAAUUGACAAAAUGACUGUAAGUAUUAUUAUUUAGUAAUGUCAUCAGCUCUGUUAUGCUUCAGCUUACUAUGUUAUAUAUAUUUUUCCUUUGUGUGUUAUUUUAUUUUAUGUCUUGUUGCCACACAAAUCCAUAAAAAUAACAAAAAUGUGGUAAAAAAAAGUGUAUAUUAGAAAUAACAGACAUAUUCUUUUGGCUGGUGUUUUAUUAACCUAAUAUAAUUGUAUUACUUUCCUAUAAAGAAUAUAUAUAUAUAAUUUGCCUAUAAAAUAUGAUGUGCGUGUUUGUGGAAAGAUUUUAAAAAACGGAUCCACAUGUU